CGCUGCAAGUCCUUCACCUCUGCUGCGCUACGCAAUAUAACCGGAUGUCCAUCCCCUCUCCCCCGGUCGGGAUCAGAGUUCGCUCUUCUUGAUUCUAGGUCUCCUUCGCCCAUUACCCUAACCAUCCCUACCUCUUAAUCCAUAGCAGUCGCUAUGUCAACCUAUAAUCCAUUCGCUAGGCGAGAGUCUCACGGCCGGUUCUCACUUGGAACCUAUCGCGUCCUCGUUCCCUUGUCGUGGCUGCUCGUCGUGGUCGUCGGCAUCUACUACUCCUCCCAUGCCCCCGAUGUCAAGCACGGCCAUACCAUCUGGAAGCAAGCCAACAAGCACAUUACUCCGUUUAGCUUGAGCACGGUUAUUUCUGGUAUUUACUGGAUCAUAACGCUCCUGUCUCAAAUCGGCUUCGUCUACCAUCUUUUCUCCAAUGACGCGGUGACGGCCACCGCCGCCGCCAAUGUAGGGUCGCACUUCAUCCUGAACAAUCUGUUCAUCUUUGCCUGGAUUCUUCUGUGGACUCGCAACCAUUUCUGGGGUUCAGAGAUUAUCCUGAUCGCGCACUUCCUGAACCAAAAGACGACCUACUGGCGGCAUCGUACACUGCCACCUCUUGCGCAUUUUGCCGCCGUCGCAGCGCCCUAUGCCUGGACUCUGAUCACGCUCUUCUGGAACGGAGCCGUUGCCGUGAACAGCAACAGCCUGCCAGCGAGAAUCGUUGCUAAUGUGUUCAUCUGGGUGCUAUUCGCAUUGGGUUCCACACACAUCCUGUCUACCCAGGAUGACAUUCUGGGUUACAGUCUGAGUCUCUUGACGCUGGCAUUGGCCGUCAAGCAGUUCGGCGUCAAGAUCAUCUCCCUGCAGUGGAUCUUUGCCAUUGUUAUCUUUGCCGUCUUCUUCGCCGAGUCUCUCUAUAUCUCCUUGACGAAGUACUCUGGGCGCAACAUCUUCUUCCGUAGGGCUGGACAGCCAGCGCCGGUGACCGAUCGCGAGAGGGAGCCGUUGCUCAACGACUCGACCCAGCCAGCUCAAACUGCCUAGUUGAGAGUAUGAGCCAAACGCCGCUUCUGCGCUUUUCGGGAAGCAGGUGGUUUCGCAUACAGAGGAUAUCGCUGAAACGUGAGUCAGUUGAGUUUAAUUUCAGAGUCACUUUUCGGG